CAGUGUUUUAGUUCAGAGUCGGGGCCGAACCCAGCGCUCCUGAUGGCCAUGACCCGGCCUUUCCUCUGCCGAAUGGAUUAUUAGAAGGAGCCAGACCUCCGGUUCCGAGGCCUGGACUCUGCUCUGGAGUGUGGUCAGCCAGAGGAGACCCAGGCAGCCCGCAGCCGAGGCCAUGGCCUCCAACCUGGACUUCUCACCUCCCGAGGUCCCGGAGCCCACUUUCCUGGAGAACCUGCUACGGUACGGACUCUUCCUUGGGGCCAUCUUCCAGCUCAUCUGUGUGCUGGCCAUCAUCAUACCUGUUCCCAAGUCCCGCGAGGCGGAGGCAGAACCAUCCGAGCCCAGAAGUGGGGAGGUGGUGAGGAAGCCCAAGGCCGCUGCUCCGUCCGCGAACAAGAGGCCCAAGAAGGAGACGAAGAAGAAGCGUUAGAGGACAAUCCUGGCGGGAGGGGCGAGGGCCUUGGGGGUGGCCCUCCUGGGACUCAGCAUCCUGUUUCCUCGCUCCAUCCCAGACACAGAGAUGUGGACAAUCGUGCCGGUCCCAGGUCCCAGCUGGACAGACCGCCACUUCCUCUUCCUUCUUCUUCGUUGAUAGUUUCGAGCCAAGGGGACUGAAACACUCUGUGAGCAGAGGCUAGUCUGAUCUCUGUGCAGAUUACAGAGCUACGUUGUCUUACCUAGUCACGGAGUCCAGCCUUUAGUCACCCACCUCGUGGAUUUACACUACAUUUUAGAGCCGUUAUCUUCUGCUGACAAGCACUGUCCUCUCCCAUUAUUUGUGCACCGCAGAUUUUAUGCUAAUCAGUCACCUUUGCCUCCUCCACUUGUGCAGAUGGAGCCAGGCCUCACCUGUCUGUUCAGAUCAAGAUGCCAUGGCCGCUAGUGCAACGGCCAGGUGUGAAAGGUGCCUGCUGUGAGAGCCAGCAGAAGACCCAGGCCUGGGUAACACCUGGUUCUCCCCAGGCAGAUGGAAGGGACGUGGUUGAAUGAGUGCUUAUUUCUGGGACCCAACUUUCUGAGCCUUUGAAAUGGGGGCUUAUCUUUUCAACCUAUCAUAGCAUGGCUUCCAACUCUACAAUAUUGCCCGUCUUCCAUCCCCUCCCCCUUCACCCUGAUUCUUUCCCCUAACCAGUGUGGGAAUGUUUGGAGGGAAAGUAAAUGUCAAUAAACUGCCUCGCGUGCUGAA